AUGGUAGCCACAUGCCUGCAGGUGGUGGGCUUCGUCACGAGCUUCGUGGGUUGGAUCGGCAUUAUCGUCACCACGUCUACCAAUGACUGGGUGGUGACCUGCAGCUACACCAUCCCCACCUGCCGAAAAAUGGACGAAUUGGGCUCCAAGGGGCUGUGGGCCGACUGCGUCAUGGCCACUGGUCUCUACCACUGCAAGCCCCUCGUGGACAUCCUCAUCCUCCCGGGCUAUGUGCAGGCUUGUAGAGCUCUCAUGAUUGCGGCUUCGGUUCUGGGUCUGCCAGCCAUCUUGCUGCUGUUGACGGUUCUUCCCUGCAUCCGAAUGGGCCACGAGCCUGGAGUGGCCAAGUACAGGCGAGCCCAGCUGGCGGGGGUGCUCCUCAUCCUGCUGGCUCUCUGCGCCAUUGUCGCCACCAUAUGGUUCCCCGUAUGCGCCCACCGUGAGAUCACCAUCGUGAGCUUUGGCUACUCGCUGUAUGCAGGCUGGAUCGGUGCUGUGAUGUGCCUGGUGGGUGGCUGUGUCAUCGUCUGCUGCUCUGGGGAUGCACAGUCAUUUGGAGAAAACCGUUUCUAUUACUCCUCUGGCUCCAGCUCGCCCACGCAUGCCAAGAGUGCCCACGUCUAGAGGGCUGCUCCACU